AUUGCCUAACUCGAUAGGUUCAUACAGAGUUUUAAUUACUUUCUACUAAAAUUGCAUUUCUUACACCACUGAAGAAGGAAGAUCUGAGAAACAUUCAUAUCAGAUAGAAUGUUUUCCGGAAAGUACCGAAAGACCAGCCGAAGUUUGCCGAUUGCUUUCAUGCGAGGUCGGAUUCUACGUCACGGAUGUUCACGUCAACUUGUUUACAAACAUUGCAGAACUUGAAAAUGGACGAAAAUUUGCAGAAAAAGUUCCCACCUGUCAUUGAGCUUAAUGUUGGAGGAAAGCUUUACACAACCACCUUAUUGACCUUGGUGAAAUGCAAGGAUACAAUGUUAGCUGCUAUGUUUAGUGGGAAUUAUGAUGUUAAAAAAGAUCAACAUGGGCGUUACUUCAUAGAUGCUGAUGGGGAGAAUUUCCACUACAUCUUGAACUACUUGCGUUAUGGAGAGCUUCCUCCACAGGAUGUUGCCCCCAAAAUUUACAGAGAAGCGACAUACUUUGGCCUCCAAGGUAUGGUGGAAGAGCUGGAGAAAAACCCAUCCUUUCUCGCUAAAAUCCACAGGGAAAGUUUCAGGGCUCAGUUUCCUGGUUACACAAAACUCAUGAAUUCCAUCAUCAACAAAAUUUAUCAGGAAUUCCAAAAACACAGAAACUGUUUCAUCAUUGCUUGUCACACUUUUCGCCAAAGACAAAAAACCAAAGCUCGAAGCAUUUGACAAAAACCAUUGGUGCACUUUCAAAUCGAAAAA